CCUCACCAAUUAUUGUCAGUGGACGAGUUGGUGGAUAUACUGUCCAAGUCAGGCAGUCCAAAGCCGGGGGCAGCCUACCUUACGGUCGGCUUUGUCGGCUAUCCAAAUGUGGGAAAAUCAAGCACUCUGAACGCGCUUUACGGAGCAAAGAAAGUCUCUGUUUCUGCUACACCCGGUCGAACGAAACGUUUUCAGACCAUCUUCCGCCAACCAGACUUUCAACUUUGCGAUUGUCCCGGAAUGGUGAUGCCCUCUUUUGCCCAUACCAGAGAGGAUCUAGUUGUGGCAGGUAUCCUUUCUAUAGACGAGAUGCGUGACUGCAUCCCACCAAUUAGAGUGGUAUGCGAACAAAUACCCCGCGAUGUCCUUUCUGCCGUCUACGGAGUCAACAUUCCUCGCCCAGCCGAAUACGAGGAUCAAAACCGAGCACCCACACCCUACGAAUUUCUUGGCGCUUACGCACGUGAGUAG